GUGCAACUUCCCUGUAGGCCUUCUUCGGACUUCCAUCGCAGGUAUUAUUCUUAGUACCAGGCACUACCUUUCGCCACCGACAUUUCCGUAUAAGACCCGUGAACAACCUUCAUAUUUGCAACUACUUGAAAUCUCUUUUCAAGCCUAUCACCGACCUAUUUGCUCGAGUUCCUCGACGAAUCUUCAGCUUUUAGAAAAAUGUCUGCCAGCCCAUCUCCUUCCGCCGGUGGCGAUAGUAAGACAAAUGAACAGGUCCACUUUCGUUUUUGUCGCGAAUGCUCCAACUUACUUUACCCGAAAGAAGACCGCGUCAAUAACCGUUUGAUGUUUACGUGUCGAACCUGCCAUGUCGGCGAGCCGGCAAGCUCAUACUGCGUCUAUCAAAAUAAGCUCAACAGUCAAGUCGGAGACACAGCUGGUGUGACUCAGGAUGUGGGAUCUGAUCCUACGCUUCCUCGGUCGAACAAGCUCUGCCCAAGCUGCGGCGAAGCCGAAGCGGUCUUUUUCCAGUCUCAGCAGCGUUCUGCAGAAACCGGAAUGAAACUUUACUAUGUCUGUUGCGCGUGCGGCAACGUCUUCGUAUGAUUUGGAACGGUCUUUUGUCACCAUCGUGUUUUCGAUACCCAGUAUUGGUCCUUUUCAGCAUGGUUAUGGAGUUACGGCGAUGUCCGAGUAAUAAACAAGAAGAUAUUUU